AUGGAGGGCCUCUUGAAAGCUGCAUGUAAGAAGCGGAAGCGCCCGACGCCAAGUCUGGCCAAGUCGGGCGAGCCGCCGGCGCGCGCCGAAGUUCCUGUCAGGAGUGCUUCGGAAGGCUCCCAGGUGGUGCGCUUGAACGUGGGGGGCCGUGAGUAUGUAACCUCUCUCAGCACGUUGAGAAGAAUCGAGGGCAGCAUGCUGGCAACGAUGUUUGCGAGCGGCAUCCCUUCCACAACCACCGACGGCGCGUAUUUUCUUGACCGUGAUGGCGAUCUCUUUGGCUUCCUUCCCGGCUCAUUCGACAAGCUGCGCCGUUUGGAGAGGGAGGCCGGCUUUUUCAUUCUGCCAGGCCUACAGCACAUGGUCCGUUCAAAGAUUGCCGAGGUGCACCUGGAAGUGAAGGUCUUCUCAGAGCCCUUUGCGUGCGCGGAAGAGCAGUGCAACUGCGGAUGCGGCGAGUUGGCACAUCUCGAUGAGUUUGAUGAUGGGGAGCUUGAGGCAAUGGACGACUGGCUGCGACACCCCUCGAAGCAGAUAAGGCCGGAGCUCAAGUCUCCGAUUGUGAUCGAGCGGUUGCAGCUACAGGCCUUCGUGCCUCGUGAUGCCAAUGAGGGUUGCGUGCGUGUCACGUCUUUCAAAGUUGACGACAAGCUCUCCGGUGACUACAUGGCGGCGCCGGGUGCGUGCACUGAUCGGAAGGUGUACAAGAACGAGAGCGGAGCCGUGAUUUUCUACAGCGAUGGCCGCUGGAGGGUCAAUGCUGGAGGAGAUGCCGACAGCUGGGUAGCUGCCUCGCUGGACGAGUCUAGCACGGACGCCAGGACCCCGAGUGGUACUGUUCGUUUUUCUCUCAUUGUUCUUGACCAGCUCAUAACGGGUCCCGCGGGUCAGUGUUGGUGGGGGCCAGAUCCUGGACUAUUCUUCGUUCAUGGUGAGGACGUUCGCGGCCCGGAACGCUCCAGCCUGUUGCGGGCACUGGAGGCGACAAAGCAGAUGCUGUUGCAUGUGCCGAUUUCGGUAGACGAGAGGCUCAAGAUUCUGAAAGAGCUCGAGGAUUGUUUUCGCGACUUUGUGAAGGAAGACAAGUUGUCGUACAGGAUGCUACAUGGUGCGUAUGGCGCUUACAAUGUGGGCGAUUCAUUCGACAAGAGGUCCCAGCGCCAACAUUUCAGAUGCUAUGUUAGGAUCGAGUGUCGGGCACUUAGCCUUUCACAGUGCGCAUGCCCUUGUGCCUCGCGCGCCUGCUGA